ACUAUAAAACUUUUAGUAAAAAAAAAAAAAGGACAAAUUCUUUGGUAUCUAGAGUUAGACAAAGAGUUCUUGACACCAAAACCAUGACUUAGAGAGGAAAAAAUGGAUAAAUUGGACUUCAUCGAAAUUUAAAACUUUUGCUCUGAGAGACACCAAGAGAUGAAAAGACAAGUUACAAUGUGGGAGAAAAUACUUGCAAAGCACAUAUCCAACAAAGAACAAGUAUCUAGAAUAUAGAAAGAAGUCUCAAAACUCAGUGGUAAAAAACAGUCCAGUUAUAAAAUGGGCAAAUGACGUAAAGAUUUUACCCAAGAGGAUACAGCACAGAUGGCAAAUGGGCACAUGAAAAGAUGAACAUGAUUAGCCACCAGGGAAACACAAAUUAAAACCACAGUGAGAUGUCACUACACAUCUAUCAGAAUGACUAAAAAUAAAAAAUUAUGACAACACCAAAUGCUGGUGAGGAUGCAGAGACACUGGAUUCCGCAUACACUGCUGGUGAGAAUGCACAAUGGUACAAUCACUCUGGAAAAUAGCUUCUUAAAAAACUAAACAUACACUUAUAAUAUGACCCAGGAAUUGCACUCCUGGGCAUUUUUUCCCAGAGAAAUGAAGCCCUGCGCUCACACAAAAAACCUGUAUAUGGGUGUUUAUAGCAGGGAUUGUAAGAACCCCAAACUGGAAAUAACCCAGAGGUCCUUCAACAGGUGAAUGGUUAAAUGAACUACAGUACAUCCAUAUCAUGGAAUACUACUUAGCAAUAAAAACGACUGAAGUUUUGAUAUAUGUAAAACCUUGGACAAAUGUCCACUUUCCUCCUUUGUAACAAGGAGGAGGUUGUCUCAAGAGCCUUCCUGUUUGGGAAUUCAGGAUACAGAUGAGCAGAGUGGGGCAGGAUGAGAGCAUGUUUGAAAGAGCUUAGGGAUUUUAUUUUACUUUAUUUUAUUUUAUUUUUUAGAACUUUUAGAGAUUCAAAAUAAUCAGAAGGAAGUGGCUUGAUGAAGGUCAACUGCCGUGCUUCAUGGGAGCCCAUUUUGGAAGCUGGGAACCCAGGAGAAGGGGAGUUUAGGGUAGGUGCAUUCUGUUGGCACAAGACGAAGUCUGCUCAGCUGUAGUGAACUUUCAGGUUGUUGCUUUCUCACACUGAGAUGGGACAGGGUGGAUUUGAGGCCUAAACUGAAAGGAUUCUGUGUUCCCAGGAACAUAAGGAAAUAUCUUUGUUCUGAUACACAAAAUUAAGGGUUCAGGGCUUCCCUGGUGGCACAGUGGUUGAGAGUCCGCCUGCCGAUGCAGGGGACACGGGUUCGUGCCCCGGUCCGGGAAGAUCCCACGUGCCGCGGAGCGGCUGGGCCCGUGGGCCAUUGCCACUGAGCCUGCACGUCCGGAGCCUGUGCUCCGCAACGGGGGAGGCCACGACAGUGAGGGGCCCGCGUACCACACACACACACACAAAAUUAAGGGUUCAUCAGUCAAGGCAGCUAAAGAACUGGAGAGAGCCACAUUACCUCCUGAACACUGGGAACAAGGACAAGUCCAGUGUCAGAGCACAUUCAGCUGGUGUAACAGUAUUUGUCAUGUGAUUCUCAAGCAGGACCAGUGUCUGCAUUGUGUUCAGGCUAGGAAGUGAAGUACGCAGUUCAGAGUCCACGAAAACCUCCACAAGCUCAGUUGCUGCACGUAACGCACAAAGGUGGGAUUUUACAUCUGGGGCAGGAACCCCGCUGAAACCGGAAGCACGUAUUGCCACGUGGUCUAAUGGGAGCAUAGGUAGGGUCUCCCAACAGCCAAUCCUAGUGCCAGGAGUGUUUAGGAGGCGUAGCCGCGGAGAGACAGCGGCCAAUGGCAGAGAGGUCCGUUAAUAGAGUGAGGGCAACGGCGGGUGAGGGGAACAGAGUACAGCCGCCAGGGGAGGCUGAGGAGCUCUAGGCAGUUCGGUGGUCAGACUGUUCACGUGAACUGUAGCGGUACUUCAGCCACCAAACUUCGAUUCUCGCCCGCCCUUAAACAUCAUGGGAGAUUCACAGAGUGAGCAUCAGCGGAUGUUACGACGCCACAGCCGCGAGAAGACAGAGCUGCAGGCCCACAUUCAGGGCAUGAAGAGCUCGAUCCCCAAGAGCGACAAGCAGAGAAGAAAGCAGUUGCUCCUCGAUGUGGCUCGCCUCGAGGCCGAGAUGGAGCAGAAGCACCAGCAGGAGCUGGAGAAGUUCCAGGAGAGUUUCCCUGAUAACAGCAGCCUCGAUUCUGUCACUGAAGAUCUGGCCAAGCUGGAUCUCGAGAACAAGCCUCCUCACCUCUGGAGGGCACAGAGAAAGCACAAAAGAAAGGAGGCCUUCAAUAGAGAAAGCCAGGAUUGGAUGGACAAGGCUGAGAUGGAGCAUCUGGCCAGCUUGCGCCAUGACGAGGAAAUGAAGCUCGGCGCCAUCCUGCGGGCCAAGCAUCUGGAGGUGAAGGAUAUCCCGGCCGACGACCACUGCAUGUACCGCGCCAUCCAAGACCAGCUGGUGUUCUCCGUGACCGUGGGGAGCCUGCGGAGGCGCACCGCCGAGUACAUGCGGCAGCAUGUCGACGACUUCCUGCCCUUCUUCAGCAACCCCGAAACCGGCGACGCCUGCAGCCGCGACGACUUCUUGAGCUACUGCGACGACAUCGUGUUCAGCGCGUCGUGUGGAAGCCAGCUCGAGCUGAGGGCCCUGUCGCACGUCCUGCAGACCCCCAUCGAGGUGAUCCAGGCCAACUCGCCCGCCGUCGUCAUCGGAGAGGAGUACACCAAGAAGCCGCUCACCCUGGUCUGCAAGCAGUACUCUUACAGCAGCGCAGAGCACUACAACUCGGUGAAGCCACUCGACACCGGCUCCGGCGGGAGCGUGGCCCGGCGUCUCAUCUAGGCCCGCUGCCGCCAUCGCCGUGACGGCCGCCGUUGGAGCCGAAUCUGCCGCCGCCGCGUCUCCUCAGCAGGCUCCGCUUUUUUCCUUCGGUUUUCUCAAGGUUUUGUUGAUUCAUUUUACUUAGAGCUCACCCCUCUCUCCUCCCCCGCCCCCCUUCUUCCUCCCUCGCUCUUCUAUCCUCCUCGAUCGUCCCUGGGUUGCUUCUUUCACGGGGUAGGGGGAUCGGAGGCUGGUGACCAGGAAGAGAUCUGUACCGUCCUACCCUAGCGGAGUGAGUUUGCCAAGUUCUCACCUUUCUUGCCCUGAAGGGUCUCUGCGCCCCACCCAAGAGAACUGGUCACGUUGCAAGUAACUUUGGGGUUCAAAAAAUGGCAACUUGGUUUGAUGCGUUCUUCACUUGGGGAAAAAAAUCAGUUUAGCUCAGAAUCUUCCGGUUGCCCCGUGAAUGUAUUCAUUACUUAAAGUUGGAGUUGAUGUGAAUGAAAUGAUUUGGGAAUGCCUUUUGCUUAGUUCUUUGGGGAAAAAAAUGUAUCGUGGGCUGUUUGGGGGUUUUGCUUUCCACUUCAACAGGGCUACUCAGGAGACGUCUCAAGUUACAAACAAGACCUCCUCUAGUUUUUUUCUUUUUUUUUUUUUUGGCUGCACUGGGUCUUCCUUGCAGUGUGGGGGCUCUAGGCGCGCGGGUUCCAGUAGUUAUGGUGUGUGGGCUUAGUAGUUGUGGCUUGCAGGCUCCAGAGCGCAGGCUGAGUAGCUGUGGCUCACAGGCUUAGUUGCUCCGCGGCAUGUGGGGUGGGGUCUUCGCUGACCAGGGCUCAAACCUGUGUCCCCGGGAUUCUUAACCACUGAGCCACCAGGGAAGCCCUAGUAUUUUAUUUUGUUUUUUCAUAAAACCUUGUAUGGUUGCAAAUUAAUUACAGUUGUUUAGAUGUUUCCUGAAUUCUAAAUAAUGUUUGUUAACUUUAGAAGUUAAAUGUAAGCGUUAAAUGUAGAAAGUACAUUUACCUAAACUGAUAGGCUAGAUAAGGCUUGCUCUAAGAUGUGAACGAUCUCAAUUUAAUUUCCUUUAUUAAAUAUAAGAAAGGACAUGACUUUAUUCAAGUAGUUGAUUCAUUUCAUUAUAUCUGCAACUGAUGUGAACUAAGAAGAGGCAAACUGAUAGGUAGUUUAACUUGCUGUGAGGGGUGACAUCAACUACUAAGUUUCCUUUAUUCUCAGACAUAAAAGGGUAUAACGUUGUUCAAGCAGUUGGUCCACUUUGUUCUAUCUACAACUGGUAUGAAUGUGAAAGAUCUGAACUUAGUCGUUUUCCUUAAUUCUUAGAGAUAAAAAGUAUUUAAAGAGAGAUUUUAAAAAGUAUUAAAGUAGUUGAUUCAUUUUGUUAUAUCUGCAACUGGUAUGAAGCAAAAAAAAAGUGAGCAAUAAACUUUUGUUGAUAUUUGAGACUUGUUGAUAUCUUGAAUUUGCCAAAAAAUGUAAAAGUGAAAUGAUUUGCAGUAAACAAUUUAAAAAAUUUAACCUUUAGAUCCUAUAUUUCAGUGAGAUUACUUAAAUUCAUUUAAAAAUUCUUUGUACACACCAAAUGUUCUAAAAUGAAAUAUACAAAGGGGAAAAGGGGAACCGUAGUUUGUUUAAAGAAUAAAAGCAGUUUAAAAAAUACCCGGUUUUCCAUUUUUGUAUAGCUGACUUAGUUCAUAUAGAGUUUGUAUCCCAGGAUCGACUUCAGCAAAGGAAUCCUGGAGGGUUAGGGAGCAGGAGUGAAGGGGGAGGACACAGUGACAGAUGAGGCUUUUGGAAGGAGGAAUGGGCCUGCAGUCUUGAUGGUGGCCUGGAGUGGAAUAUCUCCCAGGGAUGGAUUUAGGGAGUAACAAGAUAGUUGAAGCUAUCCUGACUUGAUGUUUCACUCAGUGCAAACAUCAUGAAAUGGCUUCAGUUAAGGAUGUUCUCAUUGCUAUGCAUGAAAAAGAAUUCUCACUUUCAAAAACUUGCCAGUCCAGGGCUAGUUGCAGGAGGGAAAGAAGUGCCACUGUUUUUUUUUUUCUUGAAGGCAGGGGGUGGGGGGGG